AUGACAACUGAACCACAAAAUCUCUCCAACCAAGAUUCUUGGGUAUCCAAGCUGUCGUCGGGACUUCGCCAUCCGGCUCUCAUUUAUGGCACCGCAUUUAAGGAUGAACAAACGGGGCCGCUUACAGAAUUGGCAUUGAGAACUGGUUUCCGCGCUUUCGACACAGCUAACUACCCGUCGGCAUAUGACGAGGCCGCGAUCGGGGAAAUCCUUCUGAGGGCUUCUGCAAAUGGUUUGAAGAGGGAAGAAGUCUUGGUAUGCAAAAACACACAGGCCAUCAUCGAUCCCAAGCGUGCUGAUAAAGAGAGGUUCCAGAUCCAGACAAAAUUCACGCCUGUUUGGGCUCAUGCGGAGGGAAAGCUACCAUAUAGUACUGAUCAGCCCUUGGAAGCACAAGUUAGGGAGUCAAUAGAACUUUCAUUCCAAAACCUGAAGACUGACUAUAUCGAUAUCAUGAUGCUUCAUGUCCCAUUCGAUGACGACGCGGAUAAUCUGGUAGCGUGGAAGGUGUUUGAGACGUACGUUCCUCAGCGCAUUGGUGUGCUCGGUGUAUCCAAUUUUGAUCUUCCUGCCUUGGAGAAGCUCUACGAAGCAAGUACAAUUAAGCCGGAGGUGGUGCAGAACCGCUUCCAGGGAUCCAAUGGGUAUGACGCUGAACUUCGUGACUACCUAGGACAGAAAGGCAUUGUGUAUCAAGCUUUUAGUGUUUUGAAGUCAAGCGAGGAGAUCAUUAUGUCGGAUUUGGUUGCUCGUUUCUCUGAGCAAUUCGACGUUCCCAAGGAGGUCGGGUUCUACUUGCUUGUCAUUGGUCUGGGGAAUGUGUCUAUUGUGGAUGGGACAACUAAUAAGGAGCACAUGCAAAUCGAUUUGAAGAAGGUUACGGAAAUACUAGGUAGUCGGUUGGCGGUUGAGGCUAUGCAAGUAUACAUGGACGACUUCAAGUCCCUUCUAAGUGAGGCAAGCAAGACUGUUAUGUAA